AGCUGAGUUCCAGCAUGUUGUCUGUUCACAAACAGUUGUACGUACUGUAGGAGCCGCAGCUUGAGCGUCAUUAUAUAUGACAUUUAGGCAAUAUGCAAAGAUUCGGGAGUCUAAACUUUAACAUUUUUACUCUGGAGUUGAGCAAGAGGACAUCUGCUGACCUUGUAAAAGCGAAGUUUACUUAAAACUGAAAUUCCAUCUGUACUUACAUCGAUUAAUUCGCGAGAUUAUCGUUCAUCAUGUGGAAACUGUUGGCCUGCGUUCUCGUGGCCUCUGUGUUACAGGCGCGUGAUCUACGGAAAAGGCAGACAUUAUGCCCGGAUGUGUGCGACCUGUCCCGCUGCUCAUCUGCUCUUGAGUCUUGUUACUUCGGCGUGGUGAAGGACAGCUGUGACUGCUGUACGAUAUGUGCGGCGGGAGAGGGGGAGUAUUGUGAGGAGCGCGGACAUGGAUUUUGCGGUCAGGGGAUGACCUGUGAAUAUCGCACCUCUGAGCGCGGCACGUGCGUUUGCGACUCCCAUGAGCCAGUGUGCGGCAGCGAUGGGAGAACUUAUCCCAGUAUCUGUCGACUGAAAGCUGAGAACAGACGGGCUAAGAUGAGCGGGAUACCUGCUGUCAUUUUCAUCCAGAGAGGCCCCUGUGAGACCGGCUCUCGAAAUCCAAGCAGCAUGCGCUACAAAUUUAACUUCAUAGCAGAUGUGGUGGAUAAGAUUGCCCCUGCAGUGGUCCAUCUAGAACUGUUUAGUCGACUACCGUUUUCCAACCAAGAGGUCCCUGUGUCCAGUGGUUCAGGGUUUAUAGUGUCCGAGGAUGGGUGGAUCGUCACCAAUGCACAUGUACUGUCCAAUAAGCAACGUAUCAAAGUGGAGCUGAAAAAUGGCAUCAUGUAUGAUGCCUCAAUCAAAGAUGUGGAUCAAAAAUUAGACAUUGCUCUCAUUAAGAUCGACUCAGAGACUCCCCUGCCUGUGCUUUUACUUGGUCGUUCAUCAGACUUGAGGCCAGGAGAGUUUGUAGUGGCCGUGGGAAGCCCGUUUUCCCUUCAAAACACAGUGACCACCGGAAUCAUCAGCACUACCCACCGAGGAGGUCAUGAACUUGGCCUGCAGAACUCUGAUAUGGAGUAUAUUCAAACAGAUGCCAUUAUAAAUUAUGGCAACUCAGGAGGCCCCCUUGUCAACUUGGAUGGGGAUGUCAUUGGCAUAAACACUUUGAAGGUUACGCCAGGAAUAUCAUUCGCCAUUCCCUCAGACCGCAUACGGCAGUUUCUUGCAGACUCCUAUGACAGACAAAGAAAAGGAAGAAUGCUGACUAAAAAGAAAUACAUGGGAGUGCGAAUGCUUCAACUUUCAGCUGCUUUGAUUAGGGAGCUUAAAGAGAAGGAGAGCAACUUCCCAGAUGUGAGCUCAGGAGUAUAUGUGUACGAGGUUAUUCCGGGGACAGCUGCCUCCAGUGCUGGCUUGGUCAACCAAGAUGUGAUAAUCAGCAUUAACGGACAACCAGUGCAUUCUACAGAGGACGUGAGUCAGGCCGUGCAGUCGGACGAAAUUCUCUCUUUGGUGGUGCGACGUGCUAAUAAAGAAAUCACACUAAGAGUGGUUCCUGACGAAGUGGACUGAGAAAGAUCUCUGUUGCUAGUUUUCAUCUAAACAAUGCCUCUAAACAAUGCAUUAUACACAAACAUACUUUACUUGAAAAGGACAUUAUUAUGAAAACAUAUAGUGUCAUGAUAAAGUGUCAAGGCCCAGUGAUGCGUUUUGAUACAAUUACACAAGUAUUUUAUGUGUAAGAUGUAUUGUUUUUCUGUGUAUACUCUCCAAACUGAGUUUGUUACAUUUUUGAUAAUUGUGGUAUAGUAUCACAAUAUGGUACUACCAUUCAAAAGUCUGGUAUUUUUUAUCUUUUUUAAAGAAGUCACUUAUGCUCACAAAAGCCACAUUUAUUUGAUCAAUUUACAGUAAAAAACGAAAUACUGUUAAAUGUUAUUAUAAUUAAAUGAACUGUUUUGUUUUAAUACAUUUUAAAAUGUAAAUUCAAAGCUGAAUUUUCAGCAGGCAUUACUCUAGUCUUCAGUGUUACAUAUGCUGAUUUGGUGCUCGAGAAACAUUUCAUAUUAUUAUCAAAGUUAAAAACAGUUGUGCUGCUUAAUGUUUUUUGUAGAAACCGCUAUACAUUAUUUUGGAUUCCUUGAUGAGUAGAAAGUUAAAACAGCAUUUGUAAUAGAAAAUCUUACUGACCUCAAAUGUUUGUACUGUAGUAUAUGAUAGUGUUGUUGAAAGCACUUAUUAAAUAACAGCUUGUACUCUUGCAAUGUUUUAAAUUGGAGACUCAUAGUGCAUGAAAACAUUGAUGAUUGAUGAUCUGUCAGGCUGAAUUCAGUCAUGGUCAACAUACACAUCACAUCUACUUACCUGCUGCUUCCAGUUGUUUUCAAAUAAGGAAUCAUUUUCACUGCCACAUACCAGUCAAACAAGUCAUUUUAUCCAUAUGAUUUUAACAAAUUCAAGAAUUGUGAGUUGUUUUAAAGCAAUAAUCUUGGAUGUGUUGCAACAUAUCCCAAAGUGCCCCUUUUUUUCAGUAGAUCAACUGUUCAGCAGUAAAUAAAUCUCAUACAUAAUUAACAAGAAACACGCAAGCCACAAAACAUUAAUAAAAAGCAAAGUUUGUCACCCAAUAGUGUUUUGAAAAGUGUGUGAUAAAAGCCAUGGGAAUUCUGCCAAGGGAU